UGGAUUCUCUCCGGGCGGAAAGCAGGGGAGGAGGGAGCGGGGCGGCCAGCGGCCAGAUACAGUGAUAAAUAAAUAAAUAAAAAGUUUUCUCUCGCGCGGACCGUCGAGUUCACCGCUUUGAGAGCGCGGAGGAGGAAGCCGGGGGUCCGCGGGCUCUGUCCCCCUCCUCAUACCCAACUAUGGACGCUUUAAAAUCGGCGGGCAGGGCGAUCAUCCGGAGCCCCAGCCUGGCCAAGCAGAGCUGGACCUCGGGAAAACACAAAAAGCUUCCAGAGAACUGGACUGAUACGAGGGAGACCCUGCUGGAGGGGAUGGUGUUCCAGCUGAAGUAUCUGGGCGUGACGCUGGUGGAGCAGCCCAAGGGGGAGGAGCUGUCAGCGGCUGCAGUCAAGAGGAUUGUUGCUACGGCCAAAGCCAGUGGGAAGAAACUGCAGAAAGUAACAUUAAAAGUCUCUCCAAGAGGGAUCAUCCUUCACGACAGUGCCUCAAACCAACUCAUAGAGAACAUCUCCAUUUACAGGAUCUCGUACUGUACGGCUGAUAAGAUGCACGAUAAAGUCUUCGCCUACAUCGCUCAGAGCCAAGGCAACGAAACGCUGGAAUGCCAUGCCUUCCUCUGCACCAAAAAGAAAGUGGCUCAGGCUGUGACUUUAACAGUAGCGCAGGCCUUCAGGGUGGCGUUUGAGUUCUGGCAGGCUGCCAAAGAAGAGAAAGACAAGCGAGUGAAGUCAGGAUCAGACGGAGAGGUAGCCAACGACCCUCACACAGAGAAUUCAGACAGUUUAAAAGAAGGAGAGGUGGCUACAGGAAAUCUGUUGAACUUGGAGGAAGGGGGUAUCAUGGCGAUGGUACACUCAGGACGGGAAGACCCCCGCACACACACAGCACAGAGCAUCGGCACAGAAAACAACAACACUGUAUGGGAGCUUGAGGAUGGACUGGAUGAAGCUUUCUCAAGCCGCAGUUUGGAUAGUUUUGAGUCCUGUUCAGACUCGCUGAGUGUCGCGCUAACCCCCAGGUCCUGGACAUUGGGCUAAACCCUCAGGACUACAACGCUGAAGAGUGCCUGUCACCGAUCAACUGGGACAAAGCAGAGGCCGAGGCCGCUGACGCCGAGGACGCUUUCGGCUUCUGAGCGCGGGGACGCUUACGGACCAAACAAAAGGGGGUUGGACAGAUGAAAAGAAUAAAGGGAAAGAGGACGGCCCUGACGCCGACGCUCGGAGAUGCUCAGAGAUGCUUGGAGAUGCAACUGGGUGAAGCAGCUAAGGAGAAGCUGCACGACCAGUCUGACCACAAAGCUGCAGUACCCAGUACAGACCAAAGCAAUAUGAAAAAAUUAUAUUAUGUCUUUUUCUUUUCCUCUCCUUUUAAAUGGUAUGCUAUGUGUCCAAAAGUAUUCAGACACUCUAUCAAAUUAGCAAGCUCAGCUACAUCCAUCAGUCAGCAAUGGGCUGUGGAGCUCUGAAAAUAGAUAAUAAAACAACCUAUUAUCUAUUUUUUUUGGACAAUAAGUUAUUUGCAGUAAAUUACUGCAAUAGAAAUUAUGUUAUUGUCAUUUUAAAAAAAUGUCAUUUUAUGCCACUUAUAAAAUGGUAACAUAAAAUAUAAAACUUGCAUUUAUACAUGUUCCAGCAGCUUUUAACUAUUAAGAAUAUUCAGAUAUUGACACUUUUUCAAUAUCCUAAAGAUACAAUUGCAAGAAAAAGUAUGUCAGCGCUUUGGAAUUUCAUGUUUUUUUUGCAUAAAUUUGUCAUUAAUGUAUUUGAUUUUCAUAAUUUUCAAGUCAAGCAUAAAACAUAUAUGUGCCUAAAAUCAACAAAUUACAAUCUUGCAGUGGAAGAUGGGUGUCUGCACACUUUUGGACAUAUGUGACCAGUUUCCCAUACAUGUACUAAACCUAGUCUUGGACUGAAUCACAAUACCAAUGGUUAUUGAGGACUAAAGAUCUGGGUGAAAAAAAAACAUCUUGUCCAAGUCCAUGUCCAAGUGUAGGAGUAAUACAGAUCUGGGAAACUUGAUCCAAAUUGUUCUCUAAAUUAGUUUUGGCUAUGUUCACACAGCAGGUAAAAGUGAUCCAAAAUUGAUUUUCUCACCAAAUUCACAAAAUAUUUAUUUUAGGCUGUUCACACUGUCUAUAACCAACAUUUGUUUAAACAGUUUUUGCUCCUCGACUGACCCUUGUGCGCUAAAGAUCAGCGCUUCAUGUGAAGUUUCAGUUUCAUCGUCUCCAGCAGCUGUUAAGCAGUUCCUGUAACUGAGAGCUGGAUUUAUCUUAUCACUGAGAAUGUGCUCCAGCUCGCUGUAAAAUGUUAUUCACAUUAUUCAGCCACACCCACUUCUUUAGUUUGUACCUUUGGUUUUUUUAAACUUCAUAUUUUAAUGCUUUUUAUUUUACUUGGAGCAGAGUUUUAUUUUUAACAAUUGUUUAAUUGCAGUUUUCUGACAAUGACCACAAGUCUCUUGGAACCAGUAAAUAACUUGAAACUGACAGAGUUAGACAGGAGUGCAGGGGUUGUUGAUUUUUAGAGGGGUGGAGUCAGUUUUCAUUUUGCUAUUUAAAGUGUUAAAUGCAGAGAUUAAUAUGUUUUGUGUAUGAUUUUCAGAUGAUGCUGCAUAAACAUAUAUUUACACUUAUAUUUAAAAACUAUAAAUCAUGCCUCAAGUUUUACUUAAGUAUUUUCUAAUUGGAGAAGUUAGUAGUGUACUUUUACCAAUUCUGCCUGUAGUGCUACAGCAGCGCCCUCCUGAGGAUGUCUACAGCCAUUUUAUUAGAAACACAGACUGGUUGCAAUGCAAUGCCUUUUAAUUUAGUUUGAACUGAGACAUAUUUAAAAAUAUUUAGAUACAACAUAUUUGACCUAUGACCUACCAAUGAAAACCUCACUCACUGCUGUUGUCCAUCUUUUCCUCGUGUUUAUUUUUCCUUCCCUCACAGCUUUUUUUCCAAUUAAUCAACUUCAAGCCUCAAAUCAUAUAUGACUUGGAUUUUUAUACUGCAUAUCAAACAUGAAAAAAUCAGAUUCAGAUUCAAAUAACACUUCACGUUUGACCAAAAAAAAACCUGCUGUGUGAAUGUAGACUAACUAUUGUUGUGUCUUCUUCUGUUACAGUCUGUCGAUUGUCUUUAUUCUCCCCAUAUUGGUGUUACGUCUUCAUUAAUGUAUAGGAAAUACAUGUAUAGUGUCUGCAUAUAAAACAUUUUGUUUUUAUGUUUUGGAGUGGUCCAAGGUUGGCUUUUGCAAUUUUGUCUAUGCAGUAUCACACUGUGGAAUAUCCUCUUUUGGAGAGCCUGGCACAACCCUGGUCCUGAUGCUCGAGGAUUUUAAGAUAUCUGUGCGCUGAUGGACGUACACAGACGUUUGGUGUGUACAGAAACAGCCUGGUUUGGACUAGGCUGCUGAACUGUUAAGAAGGGACUACAAUAUUAAAUGAGAUAAACAGACUGUACUGGUGUUCUGGGGCUCCCACAUGAUCCAGGAAUUUUGCUCUUAUCUAAAUGGCUGUAUAUAAGCACAGGUACCAACGUUCUUUCCCCUUCAUUUAAUAGAAAUUAAGUCAGAAAUGUCUGUUAUGAUGUUCCUAAUACUUUGGUAGAUCCAUCCCCUUCUCCCAGACCAAGCUUCUCAGAUCAACUGCACAUCUAACUACACUAACUUUAGCUGGCAGGCUAAAGUAAUGAAAGAAAGAAAAAAUGCUGUGAUGCCAUUAAGGAAUUUUUGGACAUGUUUAAAUAGCUUGAUAUUUUUAAAGAAAUAUCUAAAUCAAUAAUUAAAAUGUGUCCAUUUUUUAAACAUUAAAGCUUAAAACAUGUUAUUUAACCACUUAAAAGAAUGAUUCAACUGUGGACAUACAAAAAUACAAAAAAUACAAAACAGAUCAAGCCUGGUAUACGUAAUAGUGCUUUAAUUCUGAGUCAUUUCUAAAAAAUAUAUUGUUACAAAGUGCUUGUAUAAAAUUUUUUACAUUUUUUCUUCAGACACAAGACACAUCAUACUGCAACCAGCCAGCAGAAGCGUUUGGACUAUGGUGGCUUCACAUUUAAAAGACAUUGCGCUAUUCAUGCUUAUAUACAGUCAUUGCUCUUACCCAAUUUGCAGCGCAUACAGAUAGAGCAAAUACAUGGACUUUCUGCGGGGCCCCUGAGGGCCACUGGUUUAUGUGACAGGGUGGAUUUCAGUGCUUUUCAGCUUGCUGUUUUUCAUUAUACAGAUAAGCACACCGACUCUUCCAGCUAAGCUCCAGCAUGUCCUCCCACCAUGACCAAAAAAAAGGUGCAGAUGUGUGAAGAGAGUUUAUAUCAAAGACAAUCUUAUUUUUUCUAUUAAAAAUGUAUUUUUGCACUCCCCUCUUAGACUCCUUUGAAAGCACACAAUUUAAUUUCAGGGAAAUAAUUCUCCUAAUGGUUGUUACUGUAAUCACUACUGUGUUGCUUUAUUAUAGUUCAAAAACAAAACAAGAAAAAACAACAAAUGUUUUGGUCAUUUUCAGUUCAUUACAUUUGGUGGUAUGUAACUUCAGUUUCAGCUCUGUUACGUGAAAACUUGUAUCCGCCUUUUUGUUGUUUUCCACUUUUUUUCACAUUGUGUCAAAAUUUCAUAAUGAUUGGGUUAAUAGAAAUGCUCCAAAAUUAUUUGGAAUAUUAUAAUCUGACAUUGACCUUAUUUGAAAGCUUCCGAAAAGUUUUGAACAUUUUGGGGAUGCAAUGUUUCUGUGUGACAGUACUAAUAUCCAUAAUAUGAGACGUACACUUGUGGCAGUGCAACUCCUGCAUAAGUUCCUCGUCUUUUGAAAUGUUUACUCACUCUGAUGUGACCAUGGAUAAGAUAAGCAGUUAUUAAUAAUUUACCUUCUCUGUUACUCAGAUGGUUUCACCCAAGCUCACCUCUUUGUGUUACUCUAUGGAUUGUUUUGUUACUAAAUCUUUACUGCAUUCAUUUCACUGCUCAUGAGUUUUUUUAGUUGUUGUUUUAUGACUGCAUCAUGUAAUGACUUUUUGAAGUAAAGAACAUAAACUAAUGGUGGA